CUUUCUUUCUUCAUCCACCAACAUCGGUCCUUCUGUAGAACAUCAACGACAGACAAAAAGAACAGUCAAGUUCAUCAUUUCGACUUAAUAUGACCAAUGGAAUUGUAAACGGCAACGCAAGUCUAGAGACUCAGUUUGCUUCUCUCGGCAUAAAUGGAACGAAAUCUGCAUACGUUCCGCCUCAUAUGAGAAAUGCGCAGCGCGCUACACCUCCUCCGCCACAACCAAACGGGACCGGCUGGAACGAGCCCCAAGCUUCUCCUCGCCGUGGAUUUGAACCCCUUCGAGGCGGUCCUCCCGACAAAGGUAACAAGGACGCUGCCUUUGCAUUCAGUAGUCCCACCCGCGGAGGUAGCAGUGCAAGUGAUUGGGCAGGGCGCCCAACUAGCAACGGAUGGACCGCCAGAGAACCUCGUGGAGAUAGUCAACAGCGGGAUUCUUCCGGAUUUGGUGCCUGGCGCAAUGGUGUUCAUGUCGUUGGCCCUCGCAAUCCUCGCAUGGAGAAGGAGCUCUUUGGAGAUCCGACUGAUCCAUCCAAGCAACACACUGGCAUCAACUUCGAGAAGUACGAUGAUAUUCCUGUCGAGGCUACAGGCGCUGGAGUCCCAGAACCCGUUAUAGCUUUCACGAACCCCCCACUAGACCCUGUUCUCUUGGAGAACAUCGCAUUCGCUCGUUACACUACUCCGACUCCCGUUCAAAAGUACUCCAUUCCCAUUGUUGCUGCUAACAGAGAUUUAAUGGCCUGUGCUCAGACUGGUUCAGGCAAGACAGGAGGCUUCCUCUUUCCUAUUUUCUCUGCCUCUUUCGCCUCAGGACCUCGUGCUCCACCACCUGAGACCCCAUCAAUGGGGUACUCACGCUCACGUAAAGCCUACCCUACUGCCCUUAUUCUUGCUCCCACCCGCGAGCUUGUCAGUCAAAUUCACGAAGAAGCACGCAAAUUUGCAUACCGCUCAUGGGUUCGCCCAGCAGUGGUGUAUGGUGGUGCAGAUAUUAAUCAGCAGCUGCGUCUGAUCGAGCGUGGCUGUGACCUUCUUAGUGCUACUCCCGGACGGCUUGUCGACCUCAUUGAGCGUGGUCGGAUCAGUUUAGCAAACAUUCGCUACCUUGUACUUGAUGAGGCUGAUCGCAUGCUUGACAUGGGUUUCGAGCCUCAAAUUCGCAGGAUCGUCCAAGGGGAGGACAUGCCUGGCGUGGAGGAUCGCCAAACGCUUAUGUUUAGUGCCACAUUCCCACGUGAUAUCCAAAUGCUCGCACGGGACUUCCUGAAGGACUACAUAUUCCUCUCUGUCGGCCGUGUUGGUUCAACCUCUGAGAAUAUCACUCAAAAGAUCGAGUACGUGGAGGACAAUGACAAGCGGUCUGUUCUGCUUGAUCUCCUCGCGUCUGAUCCUCCUGGCGGGUUGACCCUCGUCUUCGUAGAGACCAAGCGCAUGGCCGACAUGUUGUCUGAUUUUCUCAUGUCAAAUCGCCUCCCCGCUACAUCCAUCCAUGGCGAUCGCUCCCAGCGUGAGCGUGAGAUGGCUUUGCAGACCUUCCGCACCGGACGCACUCCAAUUUUAGUAGCCACCGCUGUCGCAGCCCGUGGUCUUGAUAUUCCUAACGUCACUCAUGUGAUCAACUACGACCUACCUUCGGAUAUUGAUGACUACGUCCACCGCAUUGGUCGUACUGGUCGUGCCGGAAACACCGGUGUCUCUACUGCAUUCUUUAACCGUGGGAACAAGAACAUUGUCCGUGAUCUUCUCGAGCUUCUUCGUGAGGCUAACCAGGAGAUCCCUUCGUGGUUGGAGAGCGUCGUACAUGAAACAACCUUUGGAUCAAGUUUCCGUGGCGGUCGUGGCCGUGGAGGUGGAGGUGGAGGUGGCGGUGCUGGAACUCGUGGUCGUGGUGGCAACCGCGAUUACAGACAGUCUGGCUAUGGCGGCGCCAGCAGCUAUGGUGGAGGCUUCGGACGUGGCAACAUGAGCUACGGCAAUGCCCCUUCAUACGGCGGCGGGGGUGGUUAUGGUUCCGGUGGAGGUUAUAAUAACAAUGGAGCAAGCGGUGGUGGAUCUGGCUG